CUUCAGUCAGUAAUAGCUGCAAUAUAUUUUAAUUCACAACUAUGUAAUGGAGGAAUUUUAUAAGACGAUUCAGGGAAGAAGGAUUGAUGCAUUUACUGCAGCCGCACUAGGUGACCUUGAAUCGCUUCAAGAAAUUGUUAGUCCACGGAAUGUCAACAUGAAAAAUGUCGACGGUUGGACGAUGCUGAUGUACGCUUGCUAUUACGACAGGUUGGAGGUUGUUAAAUUCCUGCUGAAGUUUGGAGUCGACAAAGCCUUAACUUGCGGGAAGGGCCGGACUCCAUUAAUGAUAGCAGCUACCAGCGGCAAUGUAGAUAUUAUGCCUUUGGUAUUACAGAAAGAAAUAUUAGAGUUCAAAGAAGAUAGGGGUAUGACUGCCCUGUGUCUAUCGAUAGAUCAUGGCCACCUUAGCGGAGCUGAAAUUUUACUUUCGAACGGAGCUAACCCUGACGUCAUGUCCAAAAACGGAACACCCUUGAUGACGACGGCAGAAAGAGGGCAUUAUUCUGGGGCCAAAAUCCUCCUUCAAUAUAAAGCUAAUCCUUUAAUAUCAAAUAUUGAAGGGAAGAAUGCAGCGGAUAUAGCCAAUGAGAAGGGUCACCGUGAUCUAUAUAAACUUAUAAUUAGCCAUGUAAAAAGAGGUAAGAGCGAUGUUCACUAUAUACUGACAGACCUUGGUUUGGAAGAAUAUUUGGACCUUUUCAAAGAAAAGAAUAUAACUUAUCAGCAACUAUUGGAUAUGACGGAGGAAGAUAUGAAAUCGAUAGGAAUCAAUAAAUUUGGACCUCGAAGAAAACUAUCUAUUUUUAUUAAUCAAAUAAAGAAGAAAUAAACAUUAUAAAGAUUUGGAGUUCAUU